GCCUGUGACGUCACUUGGGCGGACAUCUUUGCAAGAGCGAAUUAGCUUUUACUGGAUCUUCACAUAUCGCGGAAAAAACUACGGAAACUGGGCGAAACACACAGUUGUAUUUGCCCUUUGCAGCCGUGGAUUUUCCUCAUUUUCGGAUAUAAUCCACAUGCUGACUUCGUCUGUGGAUAUACAAUCGGACGGAGGAGGAUUUUAGAUCGCCAUGUUCAAGUGUAUCCCGCUAUUUCGGGCCUGCAACAGGCACGUCGAAUACAUCGACAAGAGACAUUGCAACCUGCCGGGAGUACCGGACGAUGUGUACCGCUAUGCACGUACUCUGGAGGAGCUGCGAUUGGACGCUAAUCAAAUCAGAGAUUUACCCAGACAUUUUUUCCGCUUGACCAAUCUUCGCAUCCUUGGACUCAGCGACAAUGAACUUGAGAGACUGCCAGCGGAGAUUGGCAAUUUCAUGAAUCUCUUGGAGCUGGAUGUCAGCCGCAAUGAUAUCAUGGAAAUACCCGAUAACAUCAAAUUCUGCAAGGCUCUAACGAUUGUGGAUUUCAGUGGAAACCCACUGUCAAGAUUACCACCAGGCUUCACACAGCUCCAUGAUCUGAGACAUCUGACCCUGAAUGAUGUCUCCCUUGAGAGUCUACCGCAGGAUAUUGGCAGUAUGUCCAACCUGAUAGCCAUGGAGCUACGAGAGAACCUGCUGAAGGUGCUGCCAGACUCCCUCUCCUUCCUGGUCAAGCUGGAGACCCUGGAUCUAGGGAGCAAUGAGCUGGAGGAGCUCCCGGAGACCUUGGGAGCGCUACCCAACCUCUCAGAACUCUGGCUGGACUGUAAUCAACUCACCAUCCUCCCUCCGGAGAUUGGAAACCUAGGAAACCUAACCUGUUUAGAUGUGUCAGAGAACAACCUGCAGUGUUUACCCGAUGAAAUCGGAGGUCUGCAGAGUCUCACAGAUCUCACAUUGUCACAGAACUGCCUGGAGAAGUUACCUGAAGGAAUCGGUAAACUGAAAGAUCUGAGUAUCCUUAAGAUCGAUCAGAACAGACUAAUUACCCUCACGCCUGCUAUUGGGAGUUGUGAGAACAUGCAAGAACUCAUUCUGACAGAAAACUUGUUACAGGAAAUACCACCAACAAUAGGCUCCUUGAGGCACCUCAACAACUUCAACGUGGACCGAAACAGAUUAACCCAGCUCCCAGCUCAGAUCGGCAAAUGCACACGUCUUGGUGUCCUCUCCCUCCGUGAUAACAGACUUCUCCGUCUCCCGCCAGAGCUCGGUCAGCUGCGAGAGCUUCAUGUUCUGGAUGUCUGCGGUAAUCGGCUGGACUGGUUGCCCAUCCAGCUGGCUAACUGCAACCUCAAAGCUCUGUGGCUCUCAGAAAACCAGUCACAACCCAUGCUGAAUUUCCAGACUGAAGAGAUAGGACCACAGAGACUGAAGGUCUUAACAUGCUUCCUACUACCGCAGAAGGGACCAUCAGAAGGAAUAGACUAUGACAACUUCCAAGACAAUCUGAACAUUGGUGCCCUGGAUACAGAUGCAGUUAACUUCGAGGGCAGGGCGAGGGCCAUGUUUGCUGAUGGAGUCGUCGACAACGAAGGCAAAUCUACGCCGUUCUCGAGACAAGACACACCCCACCCCAAGGAUCUCAAGUCCAGACAUCCCAAGUACUUAAAGGCCAAAGAGGGCGGCAAAUCGGAAGAUGAAGCAGAGAUGGAGAACGGUGGACUAGUUGUUGAAAAUGGGCACACGGUGAGCCCCCACGGAGAGGUCCAGCAGCAGUUCGUCUCGCCCGUUGGUGAGGGCAGGGGAGUGUCCUUUGAGACCAACGUUGCACCCACCAUCGCCGUGACGACAUGCUCCGCCCCUGAUGGUGAGGCGGUGGGAAGGACUGAUCUGGUGGAUGGAUUGGAGGAUAAGCUGUCUGUUGAUGGUAGGACAGGAGGACUCACGCCAGAAGACUCGGAUAACGACAUAGACAGGCAUGUUGGGUUCGCCAGUGACGUAGAGGACGUGCUGACGUCGGAAGACAUCAGGUUACACAGGAGAGACACGCCUCACUAUCUCAAGAACAAACGGGUCGACAUGAUCGGGGAGCCGGACCCUGAGACAGCCGCCCUGCUGGAGAAGGUAAUAGCUAGGAAUUCAGUCAGCUCAGUAGGAAUGGACACCAAGGAAGAAAAGAUGGUGAUCAACUUCAGUCGUGAUGGCAGUGGUCUUGGUAUCAGUAUAGCUGGUGGAAAGGGGUCCACCCCAUACAAGGGAAAUGAUGAGGGAAUCUUCAUCUCAAGGGUAGUAGAAGGAGGAGUAGCAGCUAAAAAUGGUCUCACACUAGGCGACAAAAUUCUAGCAGUAAAUAGCGCCAACUUGGAAAACGCAGAUCAUUUAGAAGCCGUGGAAGCAUUGAAAGCCGCGGGCAACAACAUUCACAUGGUAGUGACCAGAGAGGUAUUAGUCUCCUCCGAAACCAUGUUUCAGGAACCCCCCUCUCCGAAAGUGGAAGUGUCCGCAGAUGAACCUGGGCUGAAUACAUCAACACAGCCGCUCUUGACCCAGGACAAUCCCACCGCUGACACCACUGCUGAGCGAUCAGGCGUCAAGUUUGCCCCCGAACCUAAAUUCCACCACCUAACAGAGAAGAUAACCCUAAAGUUAGUCAAGGAUAGCAAUGGCCUUGGUUUCAGCAUCGCUGGGGGUAAAGGAUCGCCUCCAUUCAAGGGAACAGACGAUUCGAUAUUCAUCUCCAGGAUAUCAGAAGGUGGUGCUGCUGACAGGACAGGGGCCCUGUCAGUUGGUGACAAGGUCUUGAAGAUCAACAAUGUGGAGAUGGCAGAGGCAAGGCACGAGACAGCGGUGGCGCUGUUGACAAAGAGCAAAGAGAUUGAUCUGGUCAUUAUGAGGGAAACCAUGGAGAUUGAACACCAUGAACCAUUAGUCAAACACGACCCACCAGAAUUCCGGUAUCGGAUGAACGGGCCAAACUCUAAUGGACCACCCGAGGAGCUUGAGAUCGAGGAAGUCUUCCUGAAGAGAACGCGAGGUCCAUUAGGUCUGAGUAUAGUCGGAGGCAUAGAUCACUCCAGUCAUCCGUUUGGAGGUGACGAGCCGGGCAUCUUCAUCUCAAAGAUUGUCCCCAACGGUUCAGCGGCCAGCACCAACCUGAGGGUAGGUGAUCGUCUUCUCGUGGUGAACAACAAGGAGAUGAAGGGUGCUACCCACCAGUUUGCCGUCAACACACUCCUAUCCAACUCAGAACACAUACAGCUAGUCGUCAGGCAUGACCCUCCACCUAAGGGACUCAUUGAAAUCAAAGUACCCAAGGCUCCUGGCGAAAAGUUAGGUAUCAGCAUUAGGGGCGGGAACAAAGGUCACCCGGGGAAUCCCCUGGAUCGAGGUGAUGAGGGAAUAUUCAUCUCAAAGGUCAAUGAGGUUGGUGCUGCAGCCCGUGAUGGGAGGUUAAGAGUAGGCCAGAGAAUCCUGGAGGUGAACAGCCAGAGCAUGUUAGGUUCCCGGCACCGAGAGGCUGUCAUGGCCCUCCGGGGAUGCGGAGACAUGCUCGGCAUCCUUGUAUGUGAUGGCUUUGACCCCAGUGAGGUAGAUUACUGGCAGUCCAGGCCGGGAUGCGCUGGCAACCCCCUCUCUCAGGUGGACCUCAGCAAGAGGAACAGCCAGGAGAGCAUCUCCUCCAUCGACAGGGACAUGACCACCGAGGAACUCAAUCGAUUAAACCAGGACGCUGAAUUUCAGUUAGAAGCCCAGGAAUUUGAAGAAGAAGAAUUAGCUAAACUGGACGGGAGAGAGGAAGAGAUGAGGAGACAACGAGAGGAAGAAACAAGAAGAUUAACAGAGGAAAACGAGGAAAACUUCCAAAAAAUCAUAACGAGAAACGUUAGUAGCCGCUCCCCUCCCCUGGUUAGGCAAGAAAUGAUGCACGCCCAGGAGCAGGAGGUUGAGACCGAUGAUGACGAGCUGGAUGCCCCGUUGCCCCGCCUCAGGAGUCCGUCUGAAGAAGAUUUGAUAAAUGAAGAUUUUCAGAUGGAAGAAGAGUUGAUCCCACUGAGGGUUGACACAGAGAUUGAAAUCAAUUCCAAACAGCAGGCUGUAACAACAGAGAAUGGAACGGCAGAUGAUGAUGAUGAUGAUCUACCCCUUCCACAAGCAAAGAUGGAGCCCAGUACUUAUGCAACAAGUGGCUUUCGAAUUUCCCAAUCACUAACAGAGGGUGUAAGCUGUAGUCCUCACGUAACAGAACGUACUGACGACCCUUCAUCUGUAGAAAUUUUUGCUCCAGAUCCAUUUGGGGAAAAGUUGCAUCAAGAGGGGAAGAAGGAGGAAAGCGUUACCCCUCUAGAGAUAGGAGGAAACCCACACCCUUCCUAUCACAAUCCUGGGCCUUCUCAUGAAAAUCCUAGACAUCGUAAUCCCAGUGGACACAACCCUGGUACCCCUGAGCACUGCCCUGAAACCGUAGAGCAUAAUCCGCAUAAUCCAGGUGGGCACAAUCCGGGAUAUCCCCUGCAAGGGGCAUGUUCUUUUACAGGAAGAGAAAAUCCUCAUCCGCAACAGAACCCUUUGUCCCAUGAGCAACAUAAUCCGGUUAGUCCUGAAGAAUGCAAUCCCGGAAAUCCCAGUGGCCACAAUCCUGGAAAUCCAAGUGGCCACAAUCCUGGAAAUCCCGGGGGCCACAAUCCCGGAAAUCCCAGUGGCCACAAUCCCGCUGGCCACAAUCCUGGUAAUCCCAGUGGCCACAAUCCCAGUGGCCACAAUCCCAGUGGCCAUAAUCCUGGAAAUCCAAGCGGCCACAAUCCUGGAAAUCCCGGGGGCCACAAUCCUGGAGAUCCAAGUGGCCACAAUCCUGGAAAUCCCAGUGGCCACAAUCCUGGUAAUCUCAGUGGUCACAAUCCUGGAAAUCCCGGGGGCCACAAUCCCGGAAAUCCAAUUGGCCACAAUCCUGGGAAUCCCAGUGGCCACAAUCUCGGAAAUCCCAGUGGCCACAAUCCUGGAAAUCCCAAAGAUCACAACAUUGACAAUCCAAUUGGCCACAAUCCUGGGAAUCCCAGUGGCCACAAUCCUGGAAAUCCCAGUGGCCACAAUCCUGGGAACCCCAAAGUCAGCAAUCCUGGAAGCCCAAAAGACCACAAUCCGGGAAACCCUAAAGACCACAAUCCGGGAAACCCUAAAGACCACAAUCCUGGGAAUCCCAUAGAACCCCAUCCAAAGGAAGAGGGGGCACAAGCAAGUUCCAAUCCUCACUCACAGGGUAUUCAACCAAAUCCUUCUCCAUCAGACAAUCCUUCAAGUCCUCAUCGUGUGACAUCCCCAGAGCCCUCUGACAAGCCCAACCCAUUCCGAAAUCCUGCUGCAAAGCCUAAUCCUUUCAAGGAAACUACAAGUCCUGUCACUUAUACAGACAUAAGGCCUAAACACAAAGUUAUUAUUUCACCAAUUAAAAGUCCAGUUACUCCUCCAAAGCCGAAACACUACCCAGACAUUCCUCCUAAGAGCCAACCACUUUCACCAAAGUUCCAACCACUUUCACCAAAAUCCCCUAGUGAAGACCCUUCUUCUUCAGAUGAUGAAGAAAUAGCAAGAGCUAAAGCACUUUUAGAAGCUCGAUCGGAAGUCCUAAAAUUUAACAGGAUUAAGGGUCGCGACACAAGCCGCUUCCAGUCCAAUCCAUUCUUUCAACAACAACAGCAGCAACAAAAGCCGGCUGCACCUGAAGUGAAGACAAAAACCCUGACCCAGCUGCUGUCUUCUCAGAAGGUUGUAUCAAAGGCCAAGUCUGUACAGAAAGUUGUGUCGCCUCCACCACCUGUCUCGAGCUCACCGCCUUCCUUCAGCCCUGUAAAGUCUCCCCUCUCACCAGAGCCUGAGCCUACACCUCCCGAAGAUCCAAAGCCUGCCACGGAUGGUUCGGAACCCUCCAAGCUAGCCUUCAAAGACAAGUGGAAACGCUUUGAACAACAGAUCGACGAGCAGGCACAUUCUACACCUAAAACAAAUACCAAGAAAGUAUCUCUGGUCAGCGAUCAAGACCUUCAGAAGAUCAAAGAGGAUGAAGAUAAGAAGGUAUCAGUGAUGACCCCAGAUGACCUUCUCAACUACUCACAGGGCGGGCUUGAUGCAAAUAAUACAUUCAAUGCCAGUAUAUCAAUUAGUCCCAUUGGUGCAAAGAAAGAUGGUUCCAACCACUCCGAGUUAUCAGCAUCAGAGCUCAGGUCAAGAGAAGCUGAUGAGAAAGCCAUUUUAAGAGCUGCAAGGAUGCAAUCUCUAGAAGACGAUGCAUUACAAGCUGAAAGGGCGAUCCAUAAAACACAAGAAAUCAACAAACUAAAAUCACCAGAAACAGAAUCAAAACCCAAGGAAAAUGGUGAAAACAAGUCAGGGUUAACGAUAUCAUCCGAUGGUCUCAAUAGCCUUGACGAGAUCCAGUUUAUGGAUGAGGGCGACGAAGGUACAGCUGUGUAUUAGAGAGAAGUUCAUGCAAGGUUUACUGUGAUGCCUUGACGUCUCGCCCGCCGUGAAAUGGACACUGAUUUUAACGGGACCUUGAUUUUUUAAUGGAGAUUGCCAGAGGUUGAAACUCGUCACCAUGAAGCCAUCAAUACCUUACAAGCUUUGUGAUUGGUCGAAACGAAGCCAUUGAGCUAUGAAUGUCGGAAACAGUCCCGGUGAUUGGCUCAUGCCCGUCUUGCUUCGCCGUAACUUAGCAGAGAUACUGAGAACUCAACAGCGAAGGAGAUAAACCUCUGUGUGAUAAGUAAUGCAGUGACGUUAGAAGACACUUGGACAAGACAGAAACCAACAUGUGUGUUCGCCCAUAAUUACAAAGGUGUUCUGAUUUUAUCAACAUGCGAUUUUAAUCCUCUUUUUUCUUGGAUUGAUAAUUUUAACUUUUUAAAGAUUUUAACCAACUUUUUAAAGACUAGAUUUGAUUGAAAAUGCUAUCAUAUGAACCCGAAGAAUUUUGUAUUGAUAUCAAAGGUUUACAAUGAUGGCCUCUCGACGGAGAGCGCAAGAUAAUUGCUGGAUGAUUUUGAUAGAUGUGGAUUCUCUCAGAAAAAGGAAGAUUAUGAAAAAAAUAUAUAUACACAGAAAUCAUACUUUUGUCAAUGAAACUGCCUGUCGUGUGACUACUGGAGGACAGAUAUCAUGAAAUUGUUGUAAAUAAUUCUAAAAAUGAGCACAAUAUUCACCAAAAUUACUGCCAAGAGUUUUUUUGUUCUGUUUUUUUCUUUUUUUUUAAAUCAAGAGAUAUUAUGACAGUGAUAUUCAAAUAGUAGUGAUGAUUUAUGUAUAUUAUGUGUAAAAUCUUAUAUACAAAAAUGAUGCUUUUUUUUAUUAUUUAUUCUUUUUUUUAUUACAAAAAUCUAGUUAAGGAGAGAGCUCAGGUUGUGUGAUGAAAUUCCGAAGAUCAGAAAGGGUGAAAUAUUGGGACCAAUUGAUCGUCUUUGGAAUUUUCUUCAUUUAGUGGAAUUUAUGUUAAUGUCUGGAAUGGUUUGAUUAUAGAAUUUCUCACUAAAUGUAGCCUACCAGUGUUGAGAUCCAAGGCCGUCAUUCUCUUAAUGAUUACUUUAUAAAAUUAACACCACCAAUUUUUUUUUAGUAAAUAGGCCAGUAUAAAAGAGUCUCUUCAGGGUGAUUUUCCCCCCAAAAGUAUUCACUCCGAGUCAAAAGUGCACUAAAAGACGAGGAGUCACUCCAUAUCAUUCAAAUUGGUCACAUAACAUUUAUUUUAAGAGCUUUUUCUGUGGUCAAAUCUACUUAUAACUACAGUAUUUAUAUUUUAAAAUGAUUGUUAAGCAAUUAAGAGAUUUUUCUGCGAUCUCUGAACCGAACCAGAAGACAAGCAGUGAUUUUAUUUCAUGUAAAUGAACAAACAUGUUGAUGAGUUAAUGUAUUGAUUAUGUAACUCUGGGGUUCUGAAUAUUAUGUUUAGCAUUGAAAAAGGAAGAAUGAAAUUGUAAGGUAUAUAUGAAAUGAAGAGAUAGCUUUAAUGAAAUAAAAUAAUGCAUGAUGUGAUGUAAUUUUUUCUUUUCUUAUUACGUUUUUGAUCUUGAGCAAACAGUAAUAUUGUCUGAUGUUUCGAUGUUCAUGUAUCUCUACAAAUACAAAAUAUUUGCAAACUGUUGCCUUUUCAUAUUUAAAAAAAGACAUAUCUGUACUCAUUUUAUUGUACAAAGAAAACACUGUUGCUAUUGUCUCAGUCAAUAAGAUAUAUUCUGCAUUCACUUGCAUUUUUAGCCAGAAUUUUAAAAUGUCCUGUAGAUGCCUGUAGGUGUAAAGUUGUUUUUAAUAUCGCAGUCUAGAUUCCUGUACAGAUUGUCAAGAUAUU